AGGGGUAGGGUCAGACAAUUCAGUCUCUGAUAGAAGUAACAGACACUCCACCCCAAAAAAUUCCACUGGAUGAAGUCCCCUCCUUCCAUUAACUCAGGACCACUUCACAAGCACUGCCCCUAGAAUGCCCAAUGUUCAGAACCCAGUGACCUUUCCUUUAGAGGAUAAAGGGCCUGGGAAUUCUGGAGACUCUGAUUGGCUGGGCAGAUGGGUGGGUGAGCUCCCUCUCCCCAGAGCCAAGCAGGCACCAAAGCUCAACUGUAUGGAUUUCCAACAGGAGGACCUGCGCUUCCCUGGCAUGUGGGUCUCAUUGUACUUUGGAUUCCUGGGGCUGUGUUCGGUGAUAACUGGAGGCUGCAUUGUUUUUCUGCACUGGAGGAAGAACUUGAGGCGGAAAGAGCAUGCCCAGCAGUGGGUGAAGGUGAUGAGAGCUGCCACAUUCACCUAUAGCCCAUUGUUGUACUGGAUUAACAAGCGACGGCGCUAUGGCAUGAAUGCAGCCAUCAACACGGGCCCCCCCCGUGCUGUCACCAAGACUGAUACUGAGGUCCAGAAUCCAGAUGCUCUGUGGGAAUUGGACAUCCCUGAAGGCAGGAGCUAUGCUGACCAUGACAGCAACUCCAAGGUGGAAGCCCCCACUCCCUUGCAACCUGCGCUGCAGCUGGCUCCACAGCAGCCCCAGGCCAGCUCCCCAUUCCCACUUCCCAUCUUUCAGGAGGUGCCCUUUGCCCCACCCCUGUGCAACCUACCCCCCAUGGUGAACUACUCUGUCUCCUAUCCUUCGGCCACCUGUUCUGAAAGGAAUGUUCGCUUCCAUUCCCUCCCUAAUCUGGCUCAUGAAGACCUCAGCUUCAAUGCCAGGCCUUUUGCUUCAGAAUUGUAGCCUCCUUUCACUGAAGGUGAGAGCUGCAGAUAUCAAAUGCAGAGUAGGAAAUGGAACUAAGCUCAGGGAGGCAGUAUUGACAGAGGUCAGGACCCAUCUGAAUGUCAUGCUAUGAAAGAUUAAAAAAA